AUGUUCUUAUUGGUUACUUCAACAUUGUUAGUCAACCGAAUUAAUGAUUUUCCUCCAAUCAAGACAAGUGUUAAAACAACUUGUACCAUUAUCAAUCCAAACAUAUAUUGUGAAAAAACCUCUGUUCAAGAUUACGUUGUUUUACACGGUACUUCCAAACAAGAUCAAAGUGAAAUCUUGAAUUGCCAUGCCUUACUCAAAUACACCACUCAAUCAGUUUACACACCAACUCUAGAGAGUGUUUCCUAUUUUCCUCAUUCAUCCACCAGUUCCCAACAUUCCUACAAGGAGGGAGAAGUGGUUGAAUGUUUCUAUGAUCAUCUUCGUCCUCAAAUUGUCAGCUAUUAUCAUACCAUUGUAGUGGAGGAUAAAACCACUUGGUACAAGGUUAAGGAAAUUGGCUAUGUUGGUUUGGCUGCUUGUGCUAUCCUUGCACUCACUAGUGUCGUUUGUAUGUUUGCUUCAUGUUGGUGUUCCUUCUUGUAUAAUAGAGAGGUGAGGAGGUAUGGUAAUGCUGAUGUUGGAGUUAAGGAGUUUCCGUACAGCAAUGGAUAA